CCAAGAUGGCGGACGAAGGGGAAACUUUGAGUGCUCAGGAGCUUAGGAAGAUUCUUGACAUCUUACCAGAAAGGCAAGCGAAAGUAGAUGCACUGUUGGGACAUAACUUUGGAACAACUCCACCAAAACAGAAGGAGGAAAAAGUAAAGAAAGAAAUUUCAGUAUACUGCAUAUGUAGACAAUCUUAUACAAACUGCUUUAUGAUAUGUUGUGACAAGUGUGAUGAAUGGUUUCAUGGUGAUUGUAUUGGUAUAACUAAAGAUGAAGCUCAGAUGAUCAAGCACUUCUACUGUAAACCAUGUCUAGAAGCCAACCCAGAUCUUUCAAUCAAGUAUAAGAAGAAGAAAAUAAAGCUGAAAACAGAAGAAGGCACGGAAGAAGAAAGUGUGAAGGAAAUAGAAGUGGAUGUAGAUGAUGAAAUGCUUGCCGAAAAGACACAUGACUCAGAAAGAAAUAAAAAAACCCAGCUCAAGAGGUCAUCAAGAAUGUGUGGUGAAUGUGAGUCUUGCCUCAGAACCGUUGAUUGUGGGAAAUGUGAUUUUUGCAAGGACAUGAGAAAGUUUGGUGGGCCAAACAGGAUGAGACAAAAAUGUAGACUGCGACAGUGUCUUAAAAUGUCAAGGAUAAUCUUGAGAAAAACAAAAGGUUCAAAAGCAGAGGAUUCAUCAGAGAAACGUGAAUAUAUCAAGCACAAAGAAAGAAAGGAGAAGAGAGAUGUGGUUAAGCAUCAAAAAAAGGCUGUCAAGAUGAAACAUGCUACUCCUGCCCGUAAAUUACAUGCAAAAGUUAAGCCAACAUCUCAUGAACAUCCAAAAAGAAACCCAAGAAGACGUUACAGAAUAGGAUCAGGGGAUGAUAAGAAAGGCUCUGGUGAUCAGUCCAAGGAUAUGGAGCAGGAUGAAGUCCCUAGGCAUUGUUAUGGCCCUGGUUGUACUAAUGCAGCAACACCCAACUCAAAGUACUGCAGUGAUGAAUGUGGGAUACAACUGGCUGUAAGGCGUAUCCAGGAAAUAUUACCCAAGAGAAUGCAACAGUGGAACAGAGAGCCAAGUUUAGCAGAUCAGAAUGCAAAACAUUUAUUAGGAGGCUUGGAAAAGAAGAAAGAACAAGCCCAAAACAGACUCCUUGAACUUGAUAGAUUAAGUCAAGAAUUAGAAAAAAUGAUAGAAAGAGGAAGCCAGAUAACCACACAAGAAAAAGAGAAACAAGAGGUUGAUAUGGAUACGGAUACUGACCUUCAGAUUCACUGUGUCACCUGUGGUUUGCCAUUAGCUCCAAGAGUAGCUCUGAGACACAUGGAGAAAUGCUACAUGAAGAAUGAGAGUCUAACUACUUUUGGAUCUGCCUACAAGAGUGCAGGAAACCUGUUCUGUGACUUUUACAAUGCACAACUAGGAAUAUACUGUAAAAGACUGAGAGUACUGUGUCCAGAGCAUACCAAAGAGCCAAAAGUCCCACCUAAUGCUGUAUGUGGCUGCCCACUAGUAAAAAAUGUUUUUGAAGAAACUAGUAAAAUCUGUCUUGCCCUAAAAAGAUCAUGUAUGAGACACUAUCGCUGGGAAAAACUACGGCGAGCUGAGAUAGACUUACAGAAAGUGCAACAGUGGUUAAAAUUAGAAGAAGUCUAUGAACAACAGAGACAAAUCACUAAUUCGUCAGACCGCAGAGGUGGAGUGUUGGCCCUCCUGCUUCACCAGACUCUCUCUCCUGACUGGGUGGAAGAGGAAAAUGAGAAGGAAUCAGAGCAUGAAAUAGACAUGGAAAACCAACAUGACCUUGAAACUUCACCAGACAAUAAUGAAAAUAUUCUGGAUGAUGAAUCGACAAUAAACAGUCAUACAGAAACUCAUGAUUCAAAUUCUUGUCUGAUGGAUGUCAAUUCAUAGUCAGUUAUCAAAGAAUGAUGCCAUAGAGCAGCCAAGAGUAGGGGUUGGGGGCUUGCCUUCCAUUUGAGGUCAUCUACUUUUCCCAGUCUUUUUGGUUCUUCUGGUAAAUGUGUGCACAAUUUGUUGGAAGUCAAAGUUUCCUGCUCUUUAAUUUCUUAUUAGCAAUCGAAUUUCCAACCAGAUUGAUUGGUUAAAUGGUAAGCACACCUGAAGUCCUAUUUUGUAGAUACAUGUAGUACUUGUAUGAUAUAUGAAGUUUUGACACGACUUAAAUUAUUUAAUAUAUAGAUAUCCUUGUACAGCAGAAAUGUAUAUUUUUAUCUGUAUU